AUGUACCUUUCAAUAGGUGAAGAGUUAAAUAAUUUCCGUUUCAGAGAACAUGGACAGGGAACGAUAGAAGAACUCCGGAGCCGUGAUUUUCGGAAGGAGUUGGAAGAACGUGAACGUGAAAGGGAAAAGGACAAGAGCUCUAGCCGGCGUAUGAUAGAAGCACCUCGUGAUAGUUCCACGACUAGUGCUAAGAGACAAAAACUCGAUCAAGUGCCUACCGCGAGUUUAGAUGCAGAUGAUCCUCUUGACGAUGACGACUCUGAAUCAGAGAGCGACGAGGAUGAUACUGCUGCACUUUUAGCUGAAUUGCAACGUAUAAAAAAAGAAAGAGCAGCAGAACAAGCUAAAAAGGAAAUGGAGAAACGGCAGGAGGAGGAAAGAAUCCGAAUGGAAAAUAUUCUUUCUGGUAAUCCUCUGCUAAAUUAUUCUUCACAAAGUGGAAGAACAGAUAUGAAAGUCAGACGGCGAUGGGAUGAUGAUGUCGUAUUCAAAAAUUGUGCUCGUUCGGAACCGAAACAAAAACAUGAUGUAUUCAUAAACGAUUCAUUAAGAAGCGAGUUUCACCGUAAAUUCAUGGAAAAAUACGUUAAGUGAAUAAAUUCUCACGAACAUUAUAUAUUAUGUUUGUAAAUAGUUUUAAGUUAAUACUGACAUAUUAUUUGUAAAGUAUCGUACAAUAGGAAGUAACAAAGGAGUUAUUAUUCCAAAUUCAAGUUGUGACUCCAUGAGAUAAUUGACUGUAUAAACACAGAGAUUAUUAAGCUACAUAAUUCUACGAAUUAAUCGCAAAUCUGAGUUAUAAAUAAGCGCAAUAUUUGAAUGUACCUUUCAAUAGGUAGAUUCGUGCUACAUAAGUCAUAUACUGUUUAGGCACGUUGAAUCUUACAUUAUUUUUUGUCAUAGCCAAGCUUAAAUAAGAAAUCUCACAGUACUUAAUUGAAGUAUAUUGAUCAAAAUAAUCAAAUUUUAUAUGAAAAAUCUCAAGAAAUUAUUUAAACACAUCACAACAGCUAAGAAUUAAAAAUAAUACAUAUCAUCUAAUUCAUACUUAUUAGAGAAAUCCAAUUGAAAAAGAAGUUGAACUCUAAAAAUAAGCGUACAAAUAAUUGAAGUUGGAGUAAAACCAAUAUUUUCUAUGUUUCGAAAUGCAGUGGAUGCAAAAAAUGUUGUUGAUGUUCAUGCAACAUUCAUGAAAUAAAAAUUCCUUUUCCAUUAA